AUGGAGAAAUUGAAUACUUUGCUGAUCGCCAAUCGCGGUGAAAUCGCCGUUCGCAUCAUCAAAACCGCCAAAGAGCUAGGUGUCCGUACGAUUUCAAUCUACACGGCCGCCGACGCAACCUCGCAACACGUUCGGGCGGCAGAUGAAGCGGUCCUACUACCGGGCGACGAUUCUACCGCAUACAUCAACGGGAAUGAAAUCAUAGAAAUCGCGCGUGCCCAUCAAGUGGAUGCCAUCAUUCCGGGCUAUGGAUUUCUGUCGGAGAACGUGGAAUUUGCCCAAGCUGUCGCCAAUGCCGGGAUGGUGUUUGUGGGCCCUAAGCCCGAAGCCAUUGAAGCUUUCGGGCUGAAGCAUCGAGCACGGGAGAUCGCUGUGGCAGCCGGCGUUCCAAUUGUCCCCGGGACACAGGGGCUGCUCGUUACAGAGGAUGAGGCAGUGGACGCGGCGAAUGAAUUAGGAUAUCCGGUCAUGCUAAAAGCCACUGGUGGCGGUGGUGGUAUGGGCUUGAUGAUAUGCAAAUCAGUGGAAGAGGUCCGAGAGUCUUUGACGCAAGUUCGCUCCCGAGGAGAAACGUUGUUCAAAAAUGCGGGCGUGUUCAUGGAGCGUUACUAUCCUGAGAGUCAUCACAUCGAGGUUCAGGUUUUUGGUAAUGGCCUGGGAGAUGCAAUUCAUAUCGGAGAGCGAGAGUGCUCAAUCCAACGCCGUCAUCAAAAGGUCGUUGAAGAGUGCCCCAGCCCAUUCGUGGAAACCCACCCAGGUCUUCGUGAAAGGCUCACCUCAGCGGCGGUUGCUUUAACCAAAUCUAUUCGCUAUGGAUCUGCAGGCACAGUCGAGUACCUAGUCGAUGACACAUCCGGAGAUUUCUUUUUCUUGGAGAUGAACACUCGACUUCAAGUCGAGCACGGUAUCACCGAGCUCUGUUACGGGCUUGAUAUUGUAAAGCUCAUGCUUCAACAAGCCGACCGGGAGUUGCGUGAUCUCGGAGGACUGGACAAGGGCUAUCUGGAAUCUUUGCAACCAGACAAGCCUUCGGGCUGUGCAAUUGAAACUCGUAUAUACGCAGAGAACCCGGCUAGAAACUAUGCUCCCUCCCCUGGAUUGCUUCAACAUGUUGAAUGGAGGGAGAUGAGCGGCACUCGAAUUGAUACCUGGGUCGUUACUGGAACUCGAAUUUCCACAUAUUACGACCCUAUGAUCGCAAAGGUCAUGGUACAUGAUUCCAACCGGACAGCAGCUAUUGAAAAAUUGGGAGAUGUCUUGUCGCAAUCGACUAUCUGUGGACCGCCGACAAAUUUGGACUUUUUGCACGCCAUCAUUAACUCCAGCAAAUUCCGCACGGGGCAUACAUUGACCAAUUUUUUAGCGGAUUUUGAGUUCACACCGGUUGCGAUCGAUGUCGUAUCACCCGUUGCCAACAUCUUGGCUGGGAAUCCUUCCAACACCGAAGGCCUGGAGAUCACAUUGAAAGGGCCGGAGCUACGUUUUCUAUCCCAUGCUUGCAUAUCUGUCUGUGGCGCUCCAAUGGAGAUGUCACUCGACGGUACCGACGUCCCAAUGUGGACACGACUCUAUGUCAAAGCCGGUCAAACCUUAUCAAUCGGAAAGCUCAAUGGAUCCGGAGGGUGUCGAGCAUAUCUCGCUGUUCGUGGAGGCUUUCCGGCAGUUGCCCCAUACUUUGGGUCAAAGUCAACCUCCCCUCUACUUGGGAUUGGUGGGUAUCAAGGAAGAGCGCUCGCCCCCGGUGAUAUGUUGGCCAUUUCGAAGCUCGAUGGAAUUGAGGCAGAGCCCGAGAUCUCUUUGCCCGCCCAUUUGCGCCCCAUAUACUCCCGUCACUGGGACAUUGAUGCCAUGGUUGGACCCUACGAUGAAGGGUAUAUCGUAUCCGAAGAUAUCGACAUGAUCUAUAAAACAGUCUGGGAUGUUUCGCAUAAUGCCACGAGAGGCGGCAUUCGCCUUGUUGGACCUAGUCCUAGAUGGGCAAGAGAAGAUGGAGGUGAGGGUGGACAGCACCCUAGCAACGUUAUUGAAUACGGUCCCUGCAUCUUCCCCGUGGACGCCCCUGAUCUUGGUGGCUUCAUUUCCUCCACGACGAUUGUGAAAGCCAGUCUAUGGCGUAUGGGUCAACUGAAAUCUGGCGACACUAUUCAAUACCGCAGAGUAUCAUUGAAAGAUGCUCUUCGUGCUCGAGUUGAGUUGGAACAGUUUUUGGAAAGUGUGUCGGCAGUUGUAGCCGGCCAAUGCGAUUUUGAUACCGUCGUGGCAAUCUCCAAUUCCACCUUGCCAGAAUCAACUGUUUCUGGAAACUGGGGAAAGGCGUUGAUUUACUGCACCGAGCUGGGUGAAUCCGGAAUUCCUAUGUCAUUCAGACAGGGUGGGGAUGAGUUCUUGUUGGUCGAAUUUGGCGAUGGGAAAUUUAACCUCAAUCAUCGCUGCCGAGUAACGGCAUUGGACCAAGCUCUCAAGAAGUCGCAAGAGUCUGACGAAGUUUUGAGACGAGCUGUGUACAAGACCACCGGAUGCUGCAAUUCGCUACUAAUCCACUACGAUGGUCUGAAGUUCUCCCAGGAUAAUCUUGUCAAACUUUUGGUAUCGUUGCAAAAAACGAUCGGCGAUCUCAGCAAUUCCAACGUCCCAAGCCGAAAGUUCCGUCUUCCCAUCUGCUUCGAAAGCCCAGCUCAGCAGGAAGCCGUCCAGCGAUACAUGGAGACACAGAGACCACAUGCUCCAUUCUUGCCGAAUAACAUGGACUUCGUGGCUAAUAUCAACGGGAUUACCUAUGAUGAAUUGGUGGAGAUUUUUCUUUCGGUCGAAUUCAUGGCUAUUUGUGUCGGGUUCUUCUGUGGUGAUACAAUAUGUCUCCCGGUCGAUCCCCGCUAUCGUUUGACAUGCCCCAAGCAGAACCCUAGUCGUGUGUACACCCCUGAAGGAAGUGUCAGCUGGGGUGGUUCAUGCAUGAACAUCUACCCCGUUGAUUCCCCUGGGGGAUAUCAGAUGACGGGCCAAACAAUCCCUUGCUUCGACCAAUUGGGAGUCAAACCCGAUUUCUCGCCAAGCCAGCCCGGUCUGUUCCGUGACUUCGACCAGAUUACAUUCUACCGAGUAGAGAAGGAAGAACUUGAGAGUGACUUGGCGCGUUUCCGGUCUGGUUGUUAUAAAUUCCAGUACGAAGAUGUCAUUUUCGAUAUGAGCGCCCACAAUCGUCUUCUUCAGCAAACUAGGGACGAAGUAGCGGCAUUCAAGUCUCGCCAAGCCACUUCACAGGUAAAAAUGUUAGCCUUGGAAAAGGAAUCAAUGGACAGGUGGAUGGCCGAGAAAGCGCAGAAUCACGUUCUUCCUGAUGAAAUUGAACUGCUGAAAGAAGACCCUGAAAUUGUGACACUGUAUGCUCCUCUCGAUGCAAACGUGUGGAAGGUUAACGUUUCAGAUGGCAACGUUAUCAGCUCUACGAAAGUUGUUGCCAUCCUUGAGGCAAUGAAAAUGGAAGUCUCCGUCUCCUAUAAUGGGGACAAGAAGGAUGGUAUUGAUCAAUCUUUUAGGAUUGAGAAAGUACUCGUCCAGCCAGGUGAUACUGUUCGGGCCGGAGAUGCGCUUGCAUUUUUGAGAAACAUCUGA